ACACCUUGGCUUUAGUUUGAUAAAAUUAAUAGGGAAUAAAUGACAACACGUUGCCUUUAUUUGGCUAUCUGGAUGGUCUCCGGCAGCUGCUCGGGAAUCUUUGGCGGUCCUCGGCCUCCUCUCGAUGACGUAUCUCUUCAGAUCGGGAUGCUGGCUCGAGAGGAGGGAGGAAGUAUGCCUCGGAGAGCGUCAUCUCGGUGGCGUGGAGCUCUUAUGGCGGGCACGCUUGCCCGAUGUUCGGCGGGUGGUCGGCCGGGCUGCGCGGUCGCUGUUAGCCGCUAGGAACGCGGUUCGUUACAUGGUAAUAUACUGAUAGUGAUUUUAAAAGCCAUUUUCGGUAAGUUUGUAACCGUAAAUCUUGUGUGCUGAUUGGCUACGGAUAACCGCGGGCUUCAAGGUCUGGGCGGCGAGCUCGAAUAAGUGAGAAAACGGCCGUAUUCGGUAUAAGUAUGAUUUAUUGCAGAAUAAUAACUCCUAUGCUAAUAUGUACAAUGUGUUGUCUCGCUAUGCGAGGUACCUUCGUAUCCAGUGCUGUCGACGAUGUCGCAGUGCUCGUAUGCUUGCGCGUGAUUGGUGUCGGUGCGGCGCUCGGAUUGGUUACAGUGGUGUGUGCGGUGCCCGUGUCGGUCGGUCGGCGCGCGGUUGGCGGCGGCGGUGCGCGCAUUGGUCGAUCGAUGCGCGGAUUGGCGUUCGUGACGGUUGGCGGUAUCGGUAUUGGUCGCGACGAUGCAAUGAUGCGAUGUAGCCUUAAGGCCCGGCACUAGCGGCACGUGGUGUACGGUGGCCAACCUGGCUGACGACACAGCGGUGCGAUUGGCGGCGCGGUAUGCUACCCGGUCUCAGCUGAUCGGUCGCGUUAUCGUUGAUCACCCCGCGUGAGUGACAAGUCGCGGUGCCAAUUUCUCCUCAGUGUGGAGUCCCUGGGACGACGCGCGGCCGAGAGCUCGGGUGCGGAGUGUGUCGGUGUGCUGCCACUCAAUGCGCGGCCAGGAAGGCACUCACUGCGUGUCGGAAAGGAUCACGGGUUGAGGUUAUGGCGUACAAUACACGCUCUAGGAAGCCCGGUUCAGUGCACCAGGAGGUACGGUCUGCUCACCUCGCAAGCCGGGAAAGCUCUGUUAUCGCGAAUGGAUGGUUUAUAUACCCAUUCGGUGGCGAGGGAAGCAAAGAAGAGCGGAGGGAACGCACAAGGUGCUGCCGUCAACAUCAGGAUGUUUUCCCAGGUCGCCGUCGGUCCCACGGGAACUUCGCCAACUCGCCAGGUAUCCGUCUCGUCUCAGGAACAGGCACGCAGGUUGGAUUUCAGGACUGUGAGUUCAUUAACGGACAAUGUCAUUGAAAAUGAAAUAUAUGAAAAGUCCAAACAACACAAAGAUGAUGUAACUUCAUUUUCGGAGUCCGACAUUUCUCCUCCAACACAGACUACUACCCAUGCUUCUUCUUCUUCCACAUUAACUCUCGUUUCUCCGCAAACUUCAACACUCAAUAAUAUACCAGCUACAAAUUCGAAAAGACCUUUGCAAAAUAUUGAUAAUUUAGAUAUAACCCCUCGUCGGCUAAUUCCUAUCAAAAAACAAAAGAGCGAUGAUUUGCAAACAGCUUUAAUAGAAGCAUUGAAAGAACCAAUAGGGCAGACAACUGAUCCGCUAGAUGAUUUUUUAGCACGAUUGGGAGAAGGCAUGCGAAGGUUGCCAUAUCGAGUCAGAGCUCGUUUAGAAAUAGAGUUUUUAACGUUGCUUGCUGAGAAAGAGGCUUGUUGUACUAACAAUGAUCUAAAUGAUAUAUAAAAUCAUUAAGGCUAUUAAGCCGCUUUUUCACUGAGCGCGUUACACGUCGCAUAUUUUGAAUAAACUUAAAUAUAUAAAAACCUACUUAUGUAACUUAAACUUACUUAAACUUACUUAUGUAUAUUUAAACUUUUAGUGUUUAUAUUUUUAUAAAUGAAACUCGCAAUGUAUG